AUGUGGGGUGUGUCAGUGCCACAGCUGGCAUUCGAAUAUGAGCCACUUCUGCACGCUUUAUUAGCUUUGGGCGCAGCCCAUCGAGCUACUUUAUUACCGCAAGAAGUCAGCUCGCUUCGCCCAGUCUAUCAUGGAUACUUUGAUUCUGCUAUCCGCCGACACCGCCCUGUGACAGCAAAUCUGGAUAAGAACGUCACUGAAGCAGUCUGCAUGAAUACUGUGCUCCUUCAUAUACGCCCUCUUCCUCCGAUCGUCUAUGAUCAGCUGAUCACAAAUAAUUCGCCCCUAUGCCCCUUGCUUCUAGCCCAGCCCGCAAUCUGGAAGAGUGCCGAUCGCACCCAGCGGGUCUACAAUGGACCUAUGAAGCCAUUACAGUUCCUGCUUCACUACCGCCAAGAAGAUGACCGCAUGGACAGUGCAGCAUUCGCUGUUUAUGAAGAGGGCGUCGCAUAUUUGGAAAGGUUCUACAUUGAUGUACAAAAAGGGCAGCCCGAUCAUGUACUCCGGCGCAUGUUCAGUGGCUUCCCUCCGGUCGUUCCUCGGACCUUCAUUGGUUUUGUUGCUGAGAGAAGGCCGCCUGCACUGGUUAUCUUGGCUUAUCUUUGUGCCCUGGUCAAGGAAUUUGAGGAUAUAUGCUGGCUUCCUGGGAUCCCUGAGCGAGAGGUACAAGGCAUUAGUAGUAUCAUCCCUGUUUAG